AUGGCUCCAGAACUGCGUCGGACUCGUCACGAGACUUUUGGUACUGGGCACCAGGAGAGCCGCGAAACCAGAACACCAACCUACGGAACCAGAUCCUCAAAGCGCAAAGUAUCAGAAAUAAAUAAUCCUGAUUCGUCGCCAUCUGGGUCCAAAACUUCAACUCAGUCAUCUCAAAGUUCUUUGGAUGAGGUGGAACCAAUGCCGCCUCCCGCCAAGAGAAACCGGAAGUCCUCACUUGUGGCCCCCAAAACCCCAGAAGAAGAAGAGAUUAAUCCAGAUACUUUGGAAGUCCCAUCUGUCAUUGUUGACGCACCUAGUACUACUGGCACUGAUGAAGAUGAACCCAUCCAAGAAACACCAGCCACCCCAAAAUCCACUAGAGGUGGGUUUCGGGGCCGGCGAGGUGGGCGUGGAAGAUGGGGAUGGGGAUACCGUGGCGCCAGAGGGGGGCGUGGUGGAUCCGGUGCUGGUCCAAGAAGUACGCCGGCUACUGAAUCUUCACCAUCUGCACCCAAAGCUCUUCGAGGCAGAGGUGGUCAUCGGGUCAAGAAGUCAGACAAUGCUCGAAUCCAGGCGCUUUACCAUCGCCGAGCCGCACUCAAACACCAGUUCAAACAAGUCGCCUUCUAUCAAAAGGCUGCCUUGAUAUCAAUAGCAGAAAAGGCAUUGGAAGCUGCUAAAUUCGACCCUAAUUAUCACAAGAAUUUCGAGGAAUUCAAUACGACUACUGAAGCGUUGAAUGAUGUAUACAAAAACAGACGCAAGCAGCUAAUGGAAGAAUAUGAAUUGAAGGAAGCCUAUCUCAUUGGUUUGAGAGACAAGAACAAAGAGUAUGCGGGGAGCCAAUAUGAAGCUGCCAUAGAGGAAGUAGAAGAGCGGAUCGAGGCGAAGAUCAUGGAGAAGGUUGACCACAUUUAUAGACAGUGGGCGAACUCAAGUACCGUAGAUGAGACUCCAUUGUACCGUGGUGAGGUGGGAAAGGUUGUGAAAAGAAUUCCACGGCCGACUCCAAUGGUACAUUCGAUUGCUACUCCAUACAAUUAUACUUUUGUGGAUAUCAAAGAUCCUGACCAGUUUGAGGACCUUCAACACCAUGAGAUUAAAAACUUACUGGAGCAACAUCCAGCGGAUCAUUGGCUGUCUAUGACUAAGCAGCAGCAAGAAGGCUUCAUCUCAAAGAUGAAGAAGGCUGCCAUUGGUGACAAGGGGAGGAAGAUUAGAAAUACUAAGGGUAGCGCACUCUACCAACCCCAAGCAGAAGUAUUGGAAGUGCCAAACGCGCUUCCUGACUUGAUAUCUGCCGCACCAACGCCUGCGGAGGUCUCUGGAGAUGACACCGAAACUGAUGAGACGGAGUCCAACGGAGAAGAGCAACCGACUGAUCAAUAUGGGGUCAAGGUCCCUAAGAAACCUAUUCCUCGCAAUGGUGAAAUACCACAGAACAGGAUCGUUUCAGACAUGCCCGUGGUCUUUGAAGAAUAUGAGAUUGGUAUCCGCAAGCAUGUAUACCGAAAAACCAAUAAGAAUGACCAGACUUACCUGGGCAUGGAUGUUGAUCCUAACCCGAAGAAGGCUCACUGGGAUCAAAAUGCUAGCGGGUACAAUUCGGCAAAGAACAAGAAGGAGGAUCUCGAUCAGGAGAUGGUUCGAGCUUUCAAACUUCAUCCAAUGUAUGGCAUGCCGCUACCACAAUCAGUCAAUCCAGACUACGACGAGUGCGAGAACGCGCCCUUCAACGCACCCACAAAUUGGGCGGAAGACCUUUCACAUACGGAGCCAACCGUCUUGAUCGAAGAGACUGCAAGGACUGCCGAUGACCUGGAUGAAGACAAACAAGUUUUCCUCACUUCCCGAUCCUCAUGGAUCCUGAGGAGCAAGGAGGAGUGGGAAGAAAUCAUGCCCAGAUUCAAGAUGUCGUCUGUACUGGCUGGUAUAGGUGCACUGGACCGUCCAGAACCAAGACCGGUUGUUGUGAAGAAGGAGGAGUCUGUCCAGCCUGAGCCAGUCCCUCAAGUCAUUAAUUCCGAUCUUAUCGCGGCGGUCAACGAGGCAGCAGAACUUAAGAGGCUGGAGGCUAUCAAAGCGGCUACCAUCGCACCACCCGCACCACCUCCACCGUCUACUCGGUCCCACGGAUAUGAUCCGGUUCGCGAUACCACAUACCGAACCCCAUACUCUCCCCGUCAACCGGUCCCAGCUCCUCUUCCUCCUCCGCCUCCGCCUCCGCCUCCACCCCGUACAGAAAAGCUCACGGCACUCGCCGACCUUGCCGAAAGCCGUGGGCCCAUUGCACCCGCACCUCCGCAGGCAUAUCACGCCCAUCGCAACAGUUGGGGGCCACCUGCUCCUCGCUAUCCACCAAUGCCACAAGCGCCGCCAGCUACCUACUUUUCCUCGUUCACGCCUGUAAACGCACCGUACGGCUCCCCACGUGCUGUUGUGCCUCCUGGUCCACCGCAAGGUCAGUUUAGGGAACUUAGGCCUGCACCUCCACAGCAGCCGGUGCCUCAGCCGGGGAGGCAGUGGUACCCUAGACCUCCUCCCUACUCACAAGAGCGUUAG